AAAUAACUAAGCUUUUUCUAUGAAGACUGUUGCCUGCUAACGAAUAACCAGCGGCUGGGGCACUGCUGACAAGUGAUAUAUAUGUGAUCAAUAUGACAUUUUCAUAAUUAGUAACAACAUUUAUUAAUUUCUAUCUACAUAUCAGAGGCUUUCUCUACACCUCGCCAGGUGACUGAUGUUGGGGAGUAAUGGAUUACAAAAAAACUGUAAUGGUGUUAAUCGUUUAAAAUGAUUGUAGUUCCUUAUUCACCAAGUCUAGAAUUUUUGCCAAACAGCAAGCUUAGAGGUGGGCCGGUUAUUAUCCAAUUCAAUGCCAUCAUCUCCCUUGUGGAGUGGUAAAACAAAUCCGUUUCCUGCGACUAGUGUUUGAUUGAAGAUGUUCGUCUUUGUACUGGCAAUGACUGGAGUAGCACACAUCUACAAUUGGAAGCUUGUAGAUCAUGAGCAAUAAUUCACACACAUGGCUAUCCACAGCAUAGAAUAUUUGGCAAUGGCGGCCACCCAAGUCUUUUUGGUAGGUAAUUAAAUACAACCACAUAUAUUAUCACUGGUAGUGGUCUUUCAGCCUUCUUGACCUUGGCCAUGUUGCUGAGCAGUUUGUUGGCACACAAAAUUGUACAGCCAGUUGUCAUUUGUUCAGCAACCAGAGAGGGAAAACAAAUAUGCAGCAGAGUGAUAUCAAUACUAGACACUUCCGCCCUAUGUGCAUUGGUUAACAGAAGAGACUUUUACAGGAAAUUGUGUGGCAAAACCUUUUCUCCACAAGGGAAACGCUAUGCUUUGUCUUUUAGAACCUGACCUGUUGGGGGAAAUGAAUACCAUAUAAUGUUUUAAAAUGUAUUUCUGUUUUCUGUGAUGUCUAUGAAGUGUAAUAUUGGGAUUCAAACUUAACAUAAUAAAAAUAGUCUUUCAGAAAUGUAAACAUGAGUGGGGGACCUUCAGCACAAAAGGAAUUUCAUACCGAAUGGAGGAAAAUGGACUGGAGUAAAGAAAAAAGAAAUGCCAUGGUAAAUGAACUGAAGAACAUGAAGCUGAAUAAUCCUGACAUGGAGCAGCUGAGAUGCCUGCUAAUUGGACCAAUAGGAGCAGGAAAGUCCAGCUUCAUCAACUCAGUGAAAUCCGUCUUCCAAGGAUACAUGGCACAUGGUGCCCUGGCAGCAGCCCUUUCUAGCAAAGGCUUCACCAAUACAUACAAAACAUGCUACAUAAGAAAUGGAACAAACCGUCUGCCCUUUGCAUUAAGUGAUGUCAUGGGUCUGGAACCAUCAGAAGGAUAUGGGAUACAUCCUGAUGACAUCAUUAAUGCUUUGAAGGGCCACUUGCCAAAUGGCUAUAAGUUUUGUCCUCUGCACCCAUUAACUACUGAAUGUCUGGAAUACAAUAAGCAUCCCAAGUCAAGUGACAAGGUUCACUGUCUGGUGAAUGUGAUAUCAGCAGACAAAAUAGCUCUUAUGUCAAGUGAAGUCAUAACCAAAAUGAAGAAAAUCAGGGAAAAAGCCAGUGAACUGGAAAUCCCUCAAGUUGUUGUUAUGACCAUGCCAGACAAGGCUUGUGACCUGGUGGAAAAAGAUGUGAAGAAAAUCUACACCAGCAUUGUAAUCAAAAAGAAAAUGCAGACUUGCAGUAAUGAGCUGGGUGUUCCAGUGAACUGCAUCCUGCCAGUGAAGAACUACCAUGAGGAGGUUGGGCUGGAUAAUGACAUGGACAUCCUGAUACUGAACGCCAUUUCUCAGAUCAUGAACUUUGCCAAUGACUGUAUAUAAAAAAUAAAACCACCC